CUUCCGUAUUUCCUUUUCGCGAUGGCGAAUGUAGCGUUCACCAUCCCCUCGCGCCUGGCGCAAGUCACCCGGCCGUCGACGAAUGCGGCGGACGCACGUAUACGGGUAAUCCAGAUGUACCGCGACUGGUAUCGCUCCGCCCCGGAAAUUGUUUCGCAGUACUACCUUGAUGCCUCACCGACACAACUGCGGCAUGCUAUCCGCCUCCGCUUCGAGGCAAACCGCCACGUGACGGAUGUGCGCGCCAUCGACGUGCUAUUGCUGAAGAGUCGCCAGGAGUACCAGGAGACGAUGAACAUGUGGAAGCAGCCAGACCAUAUCUACGGUAUCAUGCUCCAACCCAGGGAGAGGCCACAGAGGACCUUCUUGCAGAAGUUUUAUGAAGGGAGAGACGAGGAGGCCAUUACACCUGCUGCGUCCGGCGUAUAG